CACAGACACCGGCACGGACACAGGCGCAGGCACAGACACAGGCACAGGCACAUGGGUCUGGUCAGGCUGAUGCACGGGCCAAUGCGGCGUUGGCGGCUCAGGUAUGUACAUGCCCACCCACCACUACGUGCUCUCUCUAUAACUAUCCGGGAUGUACGUUGGGGUUAUAUGCGUGCAAAUCAAUGCUAACUGGUCUGGAACCGGGGAGAAACGAGCAGAGGAGGCUACGGGUAAAGGGAAACUAGGGACCAAGCUGGCGGCGCAAAAGGCCAAAACUCACGCGCAGACGCUGAGCGAGGCGAGUGGGGAGCAGAGAGCUGCGAGGGAUGCGGACGAUGCGUCGGAAGCGAGGAGGUGGGAUUAAAGGAAAAGGAGUUGUAAAUACGUAUACCACCAUCGUACAUAUGCUGAUUUUGAUUUAUUUUGAUAUCUGGGAGGGUUUGUUUAUUGGUAUCCAGCAUCUACUCGGUUUACGAUUGUGGGGGGGGGGAGGCCCAAAAAGAUCUACAUGUCAAUGGAAAGGUGCAUUGAAUAUCAUACAGGUACACCACCAUCGCACUAAUCUAUACCACGUUAUACCGGCCUGAUGCAGGAGCCCUGGCUUCGCUAUCAGCUGCAGCGAUUGUGCCCUCCUUCAGUAACCGCAUCAACUCUCGCAUAGCAUUGGUCACAGCCAGUUCAGUUUCCCCUUCAACCAGAAUAUACAACUU